GGAAAAGCCUGCAUGGCGUCCAACCGAACGACCGACCGAGCUGGCGGAAGUGAGCGAACGACAAGCGCAUGGGAUCAAGCUUCAACCACUUGUUCUUGUGUGUGUGUCGUGUGCGGAGCAGAUCUGUGAUGGCGGCUCUUCCCCAGUGUGGCGUGUGUUUUGAGGAGUACCAUCAUGAGAAUGCCCAGGAACAGCCUCAAGUGCUAUCGCGAUGCGGUGAGUGGGAAACACACACAGGCAGUCAAACAGAGAAAGAGAGGACUGACAACACUCGUGAUCUAUGUUCGUCCAUCCACCCAUCUGUCAGGUUACUCCUUCUGCGAGGCGGUACACGCAGACACAGACAGACGGCAUUCAGUCCCGAAUGAGUGCCUCGUGAGUGUCUGGUCGCUGUCCGUCUGUGUGUCUGCAGUGUGUCCAGGGCCUCGUUCGCAAUGGCGGUCGUGGCAUAGCCGUCUGCCCAACCUGCAGGUACGCAAGCCAAGCCAUGUUAAUAGUUUUGUGCUCGUAUGUGUAUGUGUGUGCGUUUCUGUCACUCAGGCGCGAGACUUCUGAGUCUGAUGUGCACAUCAACUACGACCUUCGUGACCUCGUGCAGCAGCUGCGGACGGCCACCCCUUCAGCACCGGCACCUGCAAGCAUAACGACACCCCCGAGUCGCCAAGAAGCACCCCUCACGGCUCGCCAGCGGCAGGAGGCGGACGACUAUGCCUUUGCGCUGCGCCUGUCGAACGAAAUCAAUGCCGACAGGCAAGAUGACAGCAACGCCACAGACCCGCCGAACAACCAGACGUCAGCAGCACACCCCUAUCUUAUCCACUUCGACGAUGGAUCGUCAUUGGCUUUGUCCCUGCUCUAUAUGUGUGUAUAUGUGUGUGCGAUUUGCAGUCUCGCCAAUGGGGGUGGUGCUAAUCUCCGCCGGGUCGGCACACUGUAUCCACACAUCAAUAUUUCUGCACACCGUGCAUUUGUGCAUUUGUGUGUAUCUCUGUCCCUCCGCGAACACGUGUGUGUGUGUGUGUGUGUGUGUGUAUGCCUCCAAUCAUCAGCUGCCCCCCACCCCCCCGACCGUGCCGACACCGCCAGCCGUCGAUAACAACAGCACCUGCUCAGAAGAGGUACGUUGUCUGCACCCGUUCCAUUCCCUGUUGAUCCAUGUGUGCGCUUCUUGUCUGUCUGUGUGUGUGGUGGGGUGUCAUCAAUCAAUCAGGAGCUGCUGUACCGUGCGAGUGACGAGAUUCGGUUCAUCAAGGAAAACGACACCACCUAUGUUGACGAGAAUGUAUCUCUACGCCCAUAUAUGGACACAGUGCACACUAUGCAUGUUCGUGUGAGUGUGUGUGUAUGUGAUUAUAGGGGUGUUAUUAUUUGGUCAACGCCCAGUGGAUCGCCUCGUGGAAGAAAUUCGUCCAAAAGAGGUAGGGGCCUGACAGACAGACAGACAGACAGACAGCCAAGUGUGUUCACGCCUCAGGCACAGAACAGGUGGAGAGAAUCCGUGCAGGCACAAAACAAACAAACAAACAAACAACUGAAUGUGUGCACGUCUCUCUCUCUCUCUCUCUCUCUCUUUGUGUGCGUGUGCAUGUGCGUGUGCGUGUGCGUGUGCGUGUGCGUGUGUGCAGCGGCCCCCUGCCCGGCCCGAUAGCAAAUGGUGUGUUUUUUGACGCGCAGGGGAAUCUGCGCAACGGGCUGCAGUGCUCAGCCGACUACCGGUACUCACACACAGGCUCUCUCACACUCUCUCACUAACAAAUAUACAACGGUCUCCGUACGGUUUGUGUUUGUGCAGAGGCGUCAAUUCGUCUAUCUGGCGAUUCUGGCUCGCACGCUAUGGGUACGUCUUGUCGCGUCCAUUCUCCCUUCCCCACACACGCGUGUGUGCGUCCGUCCACCCGUCCAUCUGUGUGUGUGUGUGCAGUGGCGGGCCGAUUGUCAAGCGCAUGCGGCUGGAGAUCUACGGUAAAGAGCGAAUGAGCACACCACAGCACACCAUCCCACACGCAUUGCGACUCCGUCCCUCUGGGGUGUGGUGUGUGUGCGGCGCACAGAUCCGCCCAUCGCUGCUGUGCCGGAAGACUCAAUGCCGCCAGUCCACUUGUCCGGUAUGUCUGCCUCUCUCUGUGCACUCACUUGCGGGAAGGGGGAUGCAUCUGUAUGUGUGUGUGUGUGAUUGUAGGGUACACGGACCUUGCCCAGGUGUACGCUCGCGCGCGGCGGCGAGAACGGUACCUACACAAACACCCACACAAACAACCACACAAACACCCACUUACCAGGACAUCUGUGUGUCCCCCCACUCACACAGGGAUGGCUACUCCCAUUCCAGCGGGCCAAGCAGGUGCGCACUGAACCGAACACGUGUGUGCCGUGACUCAACCUCCCGCCCGCUGUGUGUGGUGUGGUGUGCGUGAUGCAGGCGGUCGAGCAGCGAGCGAGAGCGAGAUCGAGAUCGCGACGACCGUGAGCGGCAGCACCAUCGGCAGCACUCUCACUCACACUCACAUUCUCACGCUCACACGCCAAACGGCCACGUCGAGUACACCGAACGGUCAGCCUACACCCACACACAUACACUGUGGAUGGAUGGAUGGAUGUGUGUGUUUGUGCAGGCGAAACGGUCCACUUAUCCAGUAUGUCUGCCGGCCUGUCUCUCUGCCCACACUUCUGGGCUAUGUGUACAUGUAUGUGUGUAUCUGUCUGUAUAUGCGUGUGCGUAUGAUUGGGUGCAGCUUACAGAGACCUUGCCCAGGUGUACGCUCUCCCGCGCCGGCGAGAACGGUACCUACACAAACAACCACUUACGGUGGGUGAGUGCGUGAUUGUGUACCGACACCCACUGUAAAUGCAUGCUUCCAAUCCAGCGGGCCGUGAUAUCUCUCUGUGUGGUGUGCGGCGGGGGUAACUGAUAUGUGAUGCGUGAUACCUGAAUGAGUGACUAGCUGAGGAGCGGUCCAGCAUGCUUGUUGGCCGGCAAGGGUGUGGAUCUUUAUCAGGCCGUUGAUGUGUGUAUGCGUGUCGGCUCUCUCCCCCACCAUCUAUCUGUAUGUCUGUCGGUAUGUCUGUCUGUCUGUCUGUCUAGCUGGCUGUCUGUCUGUCUGGUGUGGCUGAUUUCGUUUUAUCGGUCGGUCCGCCACUCACCGCGUCUGUCCGAGUGUGUGGUGAAUUACUCGCUGAUCGCCCUCUAUGAUUGAUUGAUAUCUGUCGUGAGUCGCAAGGGGAGGAGGGGGGAUUUCUGGUAAUGUCGCUAUGUGUAUGCUCUCUUCACCCUGGAUGCACACACACGAGUGUGUGCGGUGUGUCUGUGUACGAUAGACAGACUGGUGGACGUUUCGCUCAACCAAAGACAGCACACUCUGACACACUCACUUCAUCCGCUUUGUGUCUGUUUUCGUUGCCUGCGUCGCGUUUCUGGCUGUUUCUGCCUGUGGGCCGGAGGCUUUUCUAUGCCUGCGUGCCGAGUUUGAAAGCUUUUAUUCCACAGGCAUCUGAUGGUUGGUUGAGAUGGCUUUGUAUUCUAUGACUGCGAUUGACUGAUAAGAAUGCUGUGGCAUUGUCGCACAUUGCUGUCUUACUGCCCUUAUCAUAAUUUGUGUGGACGUCUGUGUGGUGCUCUAUUGAGACUCACACCAUCCCUUCAGGCAAUUUUUAUCUGUGAUUGUCGGCAGGUGGAGAACACAUCAGCCGAUCAACGCACUCAUCAGUGUCAACGCUAAGUCGCGAGAGACCAAAUAGAUACACACAUAUGCAUCAUGUGUGUGGUUGGGUGUGCGUUUAAGAGGGUGAAGGCAUCGUGGAGUGUAUAGUGUGU